AUGGGCCCCGCUCUCAACGCCCUCACCCCAAAGGGCGCGCACUACCAUGCCAGCCUCGGCGCAGCCCUCGUCCGCGGCGCCUGGGCAGACGCCAACCCGGGCACAACACCGAACGGCUCCCCUCUGUCCUGGAACGAGCUCAUCCAUACCGAACUUGUGCAUGCUGUCCGGAACGUGUCGCUGUCGUACCUCUCGAGCUCGUUUGUGAUCCCGUAUGCGCCGGAAGAGCGCCUUCAAUUGCAGUCGCAGGAGACGGCGGUUGUUCCCAGCGGUGGCGUGUCUGGCGGCGGCGUGUCAGGAGCGGGCUCGUCUUCCUCUUACGUCCAUGUGCAAUCUAAGCCAUCCGCACACCUUUCCGACGGCGAUCUCGACGGGCCCGACGGCGCGGGACCAGACGCCUGGGCGACGCACGGCGUGUGGGGCUGGGUCGUCGAUCAGCAGCAUGCUCCCGAUGUCCGGCAAGCACUCAAGGUGCUCGAGGCGCAGCGCAGCACCGCGCCGGGCAAGGACCAGCCGUCCGUCGCGCUGACGACGGCGUACGCGCUCGUGGCGCUGGGUGAUUUUGACGGGGCGCUCAACAUCCUCGAUUCCUUUGCAUGGGACAGCAAGCCGGACUUUGGAGUUGUCGACGGCGACGCGGCCGUCACGGAGAGGAUUCGUGCGCGCGUUCUGCAGGGCAUGUGCUACGAGAUGGGCUCGCGGCCGGACACAAACCGCGCCAUGCAGCUGUACCUCGACGCUGUCGCCAUGACGGAGAGCCUGAGUGUGUCGCCGCUCGUGAUGCCGACAUACCUCGUUGCGAGCGGGAACGCCCCGAAACCGGCGAUCCCGAACUUUGAGUCGCAGCGCGAGAUCCUCCGCUGGGUCUCGCUCGCCCUCACGCGCUCCGCUGCCAUGUGCGCGCACACGGGCAACAAUGCGCUCACCCUGCGCAUUCUUCGAACGUACCACGCGCUGUCGAUCAACUGGGCGCCCAACUUCCGCGCACGCCAGCGACAGCGCAUGCUCGACCUUUACGUGACGGCACUCGAGACGAGUUAUCCCAGCUCUGGCGAGCAGGCGCCCGAGCCUUACAUGCUGGCCGGGAGCACGCCGCCGCGGACAGCGCGCGUCAUGUGGCGCGGCGAGGUGUCCGAGGCGCUGCGGUGCGGCCAGCGGCUGCUGAGCGAGACGACGUCCUUCCCCCGUGCGGGAGAGUACAACUCUGCCGUGGUCAGCUUUGCGAACCGCGCAGCGCAGUUCCCGGCACUCUCGCAGGCGCUUGCGCGCGACGCAGUCAACGUUCUCUGGUGGGCGACGUCGCUCACGUACCAAUCGCAGAGCGUGCUGCGCAACCUUGGCCGUUUGCUGGAAGUCACCGGCGAGUUGAAGGAGGCGCGGCGCGUGUUCGAGCUCUACGUCCAGCUCGUGCUCAAGGCGCGCGAGACCGAGGAUCCCGACAACCCCCUCACUUUGCAGCGGCACCCGACCGAGACGGACGAGGAAGUCACGAAGGAGGUAAAGGCGCUCGAGUCCGAGUCCUCCCACGACGAGUUCCAGGACGCCAAGGAGGACCUGAACGGCGUGGUCCGGAGCGAGGAGGGCGACGUCGACACGGACGACGAGAUUGUGCAGGGCCUGAAUACCGGCGCGCUCAUGCUUUUGCGGCACUUCAACGAUGCGGCUAAUGCGUGGCGGUACGCGACGCUUGCGAGCGACGUGACGAAGCGCGGCAACGUCACGCCUCUGGUCACUUCAAAGGCGGAGGAGGUCAAGGGGAUUAUCCGGCUGUGCAUGUCGAACAGCAGCGAGGCGGUCGGCACGGCGUCGCUGACGCUGAAUGAGCGUGGAAAGCGGAAGCAGCUCCAAGUUCAGGCGAUCAACCACCUCAAGGCGGCGACCAUGCUGGACCCGAACAGCGUGUCGGCGUACUACCACCUGGCGUACGCGUACACGCAAUCUAGACAGAUCGACGAUGCCCUGCAAGCCGUGCGACACGCACUCGAGCUGGACAGCAACGCCGUGCGGUGCUGGCACCUCCUUGCGCUGCUCAUGACAGCAACGGGUGACUGGCAGGCGGCGCGCAAGGCGGCCGAGACGGGCGCGUCGCUCUGGGAGACGGACGACGAGACGGCCCUCGCCGACGAGGGCGACACGGCCUACGACGGGCAGCCCACCAAGGCGCAGCACGCCCUGCUCAUGCCGAACGGCGACCUGACGCCGACGCCGGCGAUUCCCGACGCGCGGCCAGGCAAGGACGAGCGCCUCAGUGCCAUUCUGCAGUUACGCAUGACGCUGAACACGAUUGUGGAGAAGCUCGACGGCCCCGACGCGGCGCUGGUCAGGCAGCAGGAGCUGUUCAAGUUCUUCUCGUCGCGGACUGAGCCGCUGCGUCCCGCGUCUCAGGCAUCGCCCGGUGUGGGUCUUGGGCCGGCGCUGAGCAUUUCAGGCGGUACGAUCAGUUCCCGCACCGGUGACCGGCCGACCUCGAUGGACCUCGGGGGCAGCUACGUCCUGACGCCGCCUAAUGACGUGCAGAUCUCCCCGCCCUCGCCGCAACUCCAGCCCUCGACCCCCGGCACUCCUAACAGCAGUGCGGCAGAGAGCGUGGGCGUGUCAGACGAGGACAGGCGCGCGCACAAGCGCUCCCUCCUCCCGAAACACCUCCACGUGCCCUCCGUGGCUAGGGGCCACGGCAAACUCGGCAAGGGCACGCCGCACUCGUCCCCAGACAGCGCACUGGGGGAGCGGAACGCGUCGGCCUCGUCGCUGUCCAUCGCGCCGACAGCGAUCCACUCGCACUAUCACUACAGGCAGGCGCGGGCCGCGCCGCCACCCCCGCCCCCGCUGCAGCGGAGCGGGCGCACGCCGGCCGAAGAGCGCAUGCUGGCCGAUUUGUGGCUGCAGAGUGCGGCGACGUUCAGAAGGAGUGGAAAGCUGGAACAGUGCCUCGUCGCGGUCGAGGAGGCCGAGGCGGGCGACCCGGCCAACCCUGCGAUCUGGGUGCAAUUGGGCGCGCUGCAGGAGGCGGAGCGGCGCCAGAACAAUGCCCUCUCCGCGAGCGCAGCGAGCCCCCCCACCGCCCUCUCGCUCGCCCCGUCCUCGCCCACCUCGCCAUCCUCCCCGACCUCAAUCCCCCUGCAGAGCAACGGCAACGCGAAUCCCGCCGCGACAGGCGUGAAGGACGGCCCCCUAUCCUCCUAUACCAAGGCGCUCCUCCUGCGGCCCGACUAUCCCGCCGCGCUGGUGUGUAUUGCGCGCCUACACGCCAACGCGGGAGACUACGACAAUGCAAACAGUCUCCUGAACCAGCUCGUCCAGGACCAGGGGUGGGACUGUGCCGAGGCGUGGUAUCUGCUCGGCUCGGUUGCUGAGCGGCAGGGACGCAGGGAGAAGGCGCGGGAGUAUCUGAAGCGCGCGCUCGAGUUGCAGCAGAGCCGGAGUUGUCGGCCGCUCAAUGAGGCGUUGGGGGUUUGGUAG